AUGUCCGCGGCAAUGACAGGUGACGCCAUCGCCCGCCGAAAGACAUGUGAGAUAAGACACGAACUAGCACAGCUUAGAACAACGCUUGAUGAACAAAAGUCACAAAUGCUCUCUUCCUUGGAUGUUCUACAUGGAGCAGCCUAUGACGCUCUCUCGCUCCAUAAAUCCUAUUCCAAUAGCGCCGACGACAUUGCCAAAGGAGUGCCACUGGAGAUUGAUAGUCUUUUGCAAGAAACAGCGAGCGCUGACGUGAAUACACUCUUGGAUCUCAUUGCAAACGUCGCUAGGAACAAUGCGAAAGCGAUUCGAACAGCUAUUGAGGAGGCUAAUAGUCCAAACAGCGGAUCGCGAACCUUGGCGAUGCAAGGGCAAUGGCCGCAGAAAUGGAUAAAUGCAGCCAUUGCGGGGCCUCCAGGCAAUCAAAGCCAAGGAGGAGACGGCAGCAAUUCAAUAGCAAGUCAUAGCAAGGCGGCUUUGGGGGUUUUAAAGCGUACUAUUUCAACCGCCCAAGCAGGAAACGCUCCCUUGGGAGACAAGCCUUCGCCUAUGAGCUCACAAGAACUCAAGAGACGCCUAUCGCAAAGAGAUGCUACUAGGAAGGCCGCAGAGGAAAAGGACGAGUUGUUCUACUCUUCCUCUUCCGAAUAG